AUGCUUACACAACGGGUCCUAGCUGCAUUUUUUGCGUUUCUCCUCCACGCCGUUGUCGACGCGGCAAGUUGUCGCGACAUUGACCCGAAUUGUCGCGACUGGGUCGGGUCGGACCCGCAGACGUGUUCAACUACAGACUACAUCCGAUCGCACUGCCCACUAUCCUGUGGCCAUUGCGGGGGAGGAGGCGAUUCGAAAUACGACGUGACGCGGUUGACGCCCGACCUCGCGCCGCUGUCAUGGCUGAUUGGGAAAUGGAGGAGUGAGCAUGGCGGAAAGGCCAUCUUCCCAACGAUCCCGAAAUUUACGUACGGCGAAGAGAUCGAAUUCACGGUCCCCGAUGAGAAGAUGCAAGCGGUCAAGGCUAUAAACUACACCGCGUUCGCCUGGUCGAUCAACGACAAGGACGAGCUGCACUCGGAAUACGGAUACAUUGCCGUCAAGCCGAACACCAAGGAGUUGGCGCUGACGACGGUGAUGAACAAUGGCUUCGUGACCGUCGAAGAGGGCAAAGUCUCCACAUCCUAUAUCAAGUUUUCGUUGCGCGACAUUGGGCGCAUCUCGUUUUCGAGGGAUCUCCCGGUGCAUGAUCUAGUCCGCGAGUGGACCCUGCUGGACAGGAACACGCUACAGGCGCGGCUACACAUGGAAACCCUUACGCACGGCAUGCAGGAGCACACGUUUAUCAGAUACGAAAAAAUUGCCCCU